AUGUGGCCCUCUAUCCCGGCUUUCAGGAGCUUUGGCAACAUACCUUGCCCAUCGGCCAAUAGGUGCGAGCUGCCAAAUUGCAUCUUCAGUCAUGAGGUCUCAAAGCCGCUCCCCAAGCUCCCAUCGCCCACAGCAAAUGCAGCAACACGUGAGCAAGAGCCAGACAUGAAGCGACUGAAGCUCAACAAUGGCUCCAAGGAGUCUAUCGCGCCUGUCGCUCCUGUUGCUCCUGUCGAACCGGCUUCAAAGCCUUUCUUUGUUGGGUCGAUCAUGUCCAAAGACAAGACACCCGCUGCAACCAAUGUCGCAAGCACAGUCAAUACUGCUCCAUUCAAGUCUAGCACAGCGACCAAGGUUGAUGGUAAUUUGCCGCAGUCUGCAACUCGUCCAGUAUCGCCGCCUCCAACAGCUGCUACAGCCAAGACAGCUGCCAAAGCAGAUGCACCGGUCGCGUUGAUGCCGAGGAAGCUCUCGAAAGAACCAGUACCCUUCGCUAAGCGCCUGACGCUGCUGAAAGCGCUACACACUUAUAUGAAGCCACAGAACGACAAGAUUGCCAAAGCUGUCAAGCCUGAGAUUAGAGCACUGCAUCUCAGUCCCAACCAGCUCAACAAGCUGGCAGUGGACGAAGAAGAGAAACUUGCUCUCGAGAAUCCGUCCGUAUAUGAGAACAUCCUCAAGCAUCGCCUAGUGAAGCUGAAAGGUAUGACUCCCGAAAUUUGGGUCAAGGAGCGGAGAGAAGCCGUGUCGAAAGAGAGAGGAGAUGCGCCAAAGAAGCCUCCGCCGAGCAAGGUCGAUACAGGUCUAACUCCAAAAGAAGAGGUCAUAUUUCUCUCGACACUUACUUGUCCUCAGGAUGGACUUGAUAACCAUGGAUAUGUCACUAAAGUACCCAGCGAGGAACAGCUGAAGGAGGCUCAACUUGUGCAGACAUCAGCAGGAUUCUGGGAAGAAUGUGAUCGUUGCGCCACCCGCUUCCAAGUGUUUCCAGAGCGCCGAGAGGAAGAUGGUGCACUUACAACUGGAGGCCAAUGUAGGCAUCACUGGGGCAAACGUAUCUUCCCAAAGAGGACGAAGAACGCAGUGCCCGAGCCAACGCGCCUGAGCUGUUGCAACGAAGCAGUAGGCUCUCCUGGCUGCAUCACACACGAGACGCAUGUGUUCAAGAUUUCGGACCCAAAGCGCCUGGCACUGGUCAUGCCAUUUGUGGAGACACCAGAGAAUGACAAGGCACCGCCACACACUGCAGUCUGUUUCGAUUGUGAAAUGGGCUACACUACCAGAGGACUCGAGUUGAUGCGCCUCACUGUCAUCUCCUGGCCAGUACACAAGCCAAUCAUCGACGUCCUUGUCCGACCCAUUGGACACAUUCUUGAUGUGAACACUCGCUUUUCUGGUAUAACUCCAGAACAGUUUGUGAAUGCGAAGCCAUAUGACCCCGAGAACCCAAAACCAGUUCGCAAGGAUCUCCGUAUCGUAGAGUCACCCUAUGAGGCCCGGAAGCUCUUCCUCUCGCAUGUUACAAGAACCACACCAGUUCUCGGCCAUGCUCUGGAGAACGACCUCAACACCAUCCGCCUCAUCCAUCCUACGAUCAUCGACACUGUACUCCUCUAUCCGACUCGUCAGGGUCUCCCAUAUCGCCAUGGCUUGCGCAUGCUCGCGAAGAUGCAUCUGGGUGAAGACAUCCAGCAGGGUGGUGCGGCAGGACACGACAGCUACGAGGAUGCGCGAACGACUGGUGAGCUAAUCCGCCACAAGAUCAAGGAGAAGUGGAAGGUCCUGAAGCAUGACGGCUGGCUGAUCAAGGAUGAUGGGGUCUACCCACCGAUACCGUCUGGUACACCACCGGCGGACGCGGCGUCGGCUCCCGCUGCGCCCUCGAUGGUGCCGGUCGCAUCCACGGCCGUUAUGCAGGGCAAGCCGGCGGAGAAGCGCAAGAUCGAUGAAGAAGAUGACGAUAGUGCGCCGCCAGCAAAGAGAGUUGCUUGA